CAGCAGUUACCUCGAGUUGAUAAGAUGCCAAAGUUUUCUUAUUUUUGGGGUUCAAUGUUUAGAUUUGUUAGACUUUAAACAUGUUAAAUAUGUCUUUUUUAUCAUAUUUAUGUGAAAGCACUAGUUAUAUGAAUUCAAAUUAAAUUCCAAGAAAUUAAAAUACAUUAGCAUUUGUUGUCUAAUUUCGUUAUAAACUCAAAGUGAGUCUAGUCGCGUAAUUCGUACCUCACUUAAGGUCUUAAAUUGUACCAAGGCUGCCAUUUUGAAUGCUCAAAAUACGCGUGAAGUAUGUAAAAAUAAUAUGAAUUUUAAAAUGUCGAAACGGAGAUAUGGUUUGUGGACAAAAGAAGAUAUGAAAGAGGCUAUUUUUGCUUAUCGAAAUGGUUAAAUUGGACUUAACGCUGUAUGUGCAAAAUAUGGAAUUCCUAAACCAACAUUAAAAAGACAUAUGAAUCAUCAAAAUAUAUUUGCAAAUGAAUCAAAUAAACAGUUAGGUAGGUGUAGUAUCUUACCUCCUGAAGUUAAGAAAGAAUUAGUUGAACAUGUUUUGAAACUGGAAUCUUGUAUGUUUGGAAUAAAUACAAUAGAUCUUAGACGAUUAGCAUUUGAAAUUGCUGAAAAAAACAAAAUACCUCAUCAAUUCAACAAAGAUGUUGGUGUGGCUGGAAAGAAGUGGUAUUACCAAUUCAUAAAAUGCAAUCCAAGCCUUAGUUUGAAAUUACCUGAGCCAACUUCUAUGGCAACAGCCACAGGUUUUUGUAAGGAAAAGUUUGUAUUAUUUUUCAAUAAACUUACUGAACUUGUUGAUUCAACACAUACAAAAAACCUUGAAGCCUUAGUUCUAGCUCGAGAUCAAGGAGUAGUAAUGCUUUCUUUGCCAUCGCAUACUACUCAUAGGCUACAACCUUUAGAUAGAUCUUUUUUCAAAGCUUUAAAUGCUAAAUAUAAUACUGCUUGUGAUAAAUGGAUGCGAACCCAUCCAGGCAGAUGUAUUACUCAAUAUCAAGUAUCUCAACUGUUUGGCAAAGCUUACUCAAAAGUUGUUGGUAUGGAAAUUGCUAUUAAUGGAUUUAGAGACACUGGGAUAUGGCCGGUAGACAGCUCAGUUUUCCGGGAAGAGGACUUUGUACCUUGUGAAAUAAUCAGUGGAGAGACGAGUUCAAAUGCAAAAGCUUCCCAAACAGAUGAACUUAUUUUAGAAACAAUUUCUGCACAUCCAGUGCAAACUUCUUCACUCGAACGAAAUCCAAAAAAAUCUAGAGCUACUCUAUUGAAACAUAAUGCACAUAAUGACCCACUCUCUAACGUAACUUUAUUAUCAUCAAUGAAAAAAACAGAACAGUUGCAGUGUCUUGACAUACCAAUAAAAGCAUUAUCUCCACUUCCAGUUAGAACUUCUCCUCUCAAAAGAAAAAAAAAUAAUUCUAAUACAACUGUAUUGACGAGUAGUCCUUACAAAGAUGCACUCUCUGCAAGAGCUUUACUGCGACCAAAUAAAAAAAUAAAGCAGGACAGACAAUGUUUAAAAGAGUGAGCAAGCAAAUAAAUCUCUUCAAAAUGAAAGCUGGUUUUGCUACCUCAGUGAAGAAAAUAUAAAAAAGAGUAUGAUACAAUGCCUUACUUGUCAAGGCUGGUGCCAUAAUGACUGUGCAGGUGUUAAUCAAAAACAAAAACGUUAUAUUUGUAACUUUUGUCAAGAAUAAAGAUUUUCUGUUUUGUAUUAUUAAUAUAAUGUGCAGUAAUAUCCAUCAUUUUCUUACCAAAAUUCUAGAAACCACAUAAGUAAG